GUCGAUAGGCUUGUGUUUCCAUCGCAGUCAGAAGACACGCGGGUCCUGAUUUUCCGUUUGCUUUCUCCUGUACUUUCAGCUUCCAGUGCCAGAAGACCGGGGGGUUUACACAUCGAAAUUGAAAUGAAAAUCUAUGGACAAACCUGUCUGCAAAUUGCCAACUAAAACACCAGCGAAUUAUUUUUCCUGAUCUGCAUAUCCUCUUAGCCACGUUUUUUUUAAUUUAACGGAUUAAAUGGAGCUGUAUGGGAAGAUGGCAUCUACACAGGAUUCCCGAUAUGUUCAGAAGGACACAGCUGACCAGAACUUUGACUACAUGUUCAAACUACUGAUCAUUGGCAACAGCAGCGUUGGGAAAACUUCAUUUCUCUUCCGCUAUGCUGAUGAUUCUUUUACAUCUGCCUUUGUAAGCACCGUAGGUAUUGACUUCAAGGUAAAGACAGUCUUCAGGAAUGAAAAAAGGAUUAAGUUGCAAAUUUGGGACACAGCAGGACAGGAACGUUACAGGACCAUCACCACAGCCUAUUAUCGUGGUGCAAUGGGCUUUAUCCUAAUGUACGACAUCACAAAUGAAGAAUCUUUCAAUGCAGUACAGGACUGGUCAACCCAAAUCAAGACAUAUUCCUGGGACAAUGCACAGGUUAUACUGGUUGGCAAUAAAUGUGACAUGGAAGAUGAAAGAAUAGUAUCGAUGGAGAGAGGAAAGCAGCUGGCAGACCAACUUGGCUUUGAAUUUUUUGAAACCAGUGCCAAGGAUAACGUCAAUGUCAAGCAAACGUUUGAGCGCCUUGUUGACAUCAUCUGUGAGAAGAUGUUGGAGAGUUUGGAUACAGAUCCUACUGUUGCUGCAGGAAAACAAAACACAAAACUCACAGAGAACCCACCCCCACAGCAACAAAACUGCGGCUGUUAGUGACUUGUCCAUAGACAUAUGGAGGCAAUCAAAUUGUGUCUAUAUCGCAAAAAUUAGUUCUUAGUUAUUAGUACAUGAAAAUGUAACUGUUUGGCAUCUAUAUAAUAUUAAACAAACCAAUCUAUAUUUAUUUUUUGCUAGUCUGUGCUCAGUACUGUUUCCCAAGACCUCUUGCAUUAAUACUGACACUUAGUCAACCUUUACUUAUAUUGGUAUUGGUUCUGCAUUUUUUCUGUAGAUUCAAGGUUUGUGUGACUGUUAACAGGAACAGUGGGUUCCUAGGAACAAAAGCUUCCUAGGCUCAGUGUACUACAUUUAUAAAUUACUUAAGAUUUCCCUGUUUACUAGAUUUAUGUGGCCUUUCAAGUAUUCUCUGGAUGAUAAAUCGAAGAUUAAAAGCCUAUCCUCAGUCUGCACAAAAUUGAAUUCAGCAAUGGAAAUGAAUGCAUUUAAAUUAGUGAGUUAACUCAGUUGGGUGGCUUGAAUGUGUAUCCCUCGUCUAGUAAUAAGUAUUCAUGUGCCAUUUAAGGUGGCAAUUCCAAUUAACAGAGUUCCUUGAUGAAUAAUGAGUUAUAGUAAAAAUGUUUUCAAUAUAUAAGUCAGCAGUCUCAGAUCUCACAUUACUUGACAUAUGUUAAUGUUGUGAAUAAACUAUUGACGUGUGCUGACAAAAAAAUGCCAGUUCAAUUAUAGAGUGAUGCCCUGCUCCGAUACUCAAAUGCACUGAACCAAGUGUUUUAAGAUCACUUCCAGAAAAUCCACCUCACAUCACUUGAAUUUCACCAAGAGGGAGCUACAAUUCCACUUGUUCAGACUAACUGUUGAAUCAUUGGGACAACUUGCAUAUUAAAAUUGAUUUCUUCAAACAUUACUAGAAAGCAGAGCCAAGCCCUCUAUCAUUAAAUAUUACCUAUUAUAGAGCAUCUCCAAUGAUCUGUCCUGUGAGAUACAGUGAAAAUUGUCAGCAGUUCUUAGUUAUUCUUUUGUGUGUGUCAUUUAUUGCCGUUGGAAAAUGUAGUGGGAAUAAUUCUUCUGUGACCACUAGUACUAAAUAUGUGCAAGAGUAUCAGCCAUUGGUUGUACAGAAAGCUGGUGUCUGAGCCAAAUUGAUCCUAGACCAUGCCGCAGAUCAUCAAAUAUGUUGGAAAACAGUUGUAAAAAAUAAGAAUUACUAAAAACUUUAAAACGUUAAAUUCUUUUCAAACACAUGAAACUGCCCUUAAUUAAAAACAUGAAUGCACAUUGAAGUAAAUAAUGAAUAGAAAAAAGCUAACCUAUUAGAAUGGCUGUGGAAGUGUCAGCUGCUCCAGCUGUGGCUGGUGUAAAGCUGAGGGGCCAGGUACACAGUGUAUCUAAUUCUUUAGUUCAACAACUUACGGGGCAUCCUAGAAGUGGGCAGGGUCAUAUGCUCCUGCAUCUGACCUCCAAUGCAUUCCCAACAUCCAUGUGGUUGUGUGCAUGUCCGCCUGUCCAGAAUGCACUGCUACAUAAAUAAAAGCUAAUUAAUGGCUCUCCACAGAGAGACUGGUGCUCCAGCCCAUUAUUAUUCUUAGGGCUGGCAACCAAAUAUUCUCCCCCUAAUUCUGGAGCUGGAGACUGCAUUGUAAUUUUAGCAAUGCUGGCUGCACUUUCUAAUCUAGGGCAAUCUGUUACAGCCUCAGUUAUAAUUGUUUGUAAUAUAUUAGCAUAGAGAGAAGAUUGAAUGUAAAACUCUUUAAAAUGUCAUGCCCUUUAGCAAUCUUAAAGAAAAAUUAUUUCCACUGAGAAUUUACAUCAUCCUUCACAUAAUUUUAAUGCUAGUUUGACAAUUUUCAAAGUCGCUCAGAAACCUCAGAGGAGUGUUUUGCCAGCAUUUAAACUACAUAAGUAAAACAAAUCAAGAAGGUAAGUAUUUUUGUGCAAAUAAAUAAUGUAUUGUGAAUGUGUAAUAUUAAAUGUAGUUAGGGUUAUCUUUCUGAUGUCUGAAUUUUUUUACCUGAACGGAGCAAAUGUAAAAUGAUGCAUCGGUGCUGAAGUAAUCUGCGUUUUAUACUUUUGUGUAGCCUCUGUAUUGAGGGACAAUAGGCCACUAAGUGCAAUAUUUCAGAAUAUAUAGUGCAUUUCUAAUUCAAUGCAGAUAACUGUGCAAGGUUGUAUACAACAGGGCUUGAAGUUAACAAACUUUAGUAAUAAUUUUUGUUUUUAACUUGCCCGGUCAGUUUUUUAGCUAUUUGCGAGCUAUUGGUUGGUCAGGUAACAUUGGGCAUAAAAUUUUGCCUUCUUUUCUUAAACAUUGUUCCAAAUUUUCUCUGUUGACUGUAGGAUGAAUUUAUGCUAUUUUCACAGUUCUGGCAAAUAAGAACUGAUGAAAUUGAAAACUUCACAAUAUUCACUCUUGAUGUCUACUGUAACAAGUAACAGUGAACUUGCUUCAAAUUGAAUAGUUGUAAAGAUGACUAAGUAUUUAGUUAGUAAUAAUAUUUUACACAUGUGUAACAGUUAAAUCUAUUCAUUAAUCUAGAGAAACAUUUAGUCUUACCCACCAUUAUGAGCAAAUGUCUCUCAAAUGACUACAAAGAUUUGCUACCCACCUCAUACAUUGAAUACUCUUGAACAGUUACAACCUGUUCUCAAAAUAUCAUAGUGCACCUUGAUGUAGUGCUUUUUUACAUUUUAUAUUCUCCUUGAAACUUACAUAGGAUUCACUUCACACACUUUCUUUCAGGAUUGAAGAGUUUUUCCUCAUAACUCAGUCAUCUGAUACUGGGAUUUUAUUUCAUAACUGUUCAGUACCUCCAGAAAUUGAAUAUUUUCCUUGUGUCUUAAAAUCGAUGCCAGUUCAAGCCCUGGUAAUGAUACAUUAGAGCCAGUAUCUGCUAGCAUGGUGUGUGAUUUGCGAAUUCUCAGAGAUAUUUGUGGGUCUUAUGUAAUUGUACGUGGGCAUAAUGUAAAUCAGUUUUUAAAAAUGAUAUUUGUACUGAAGUUACUGAAUUUCUGUGUCACUCUCAGUAACUACUUUUUGUUGGAAUGACUGCGAACUUUUAUCUGUGUAUAAAUGUAAAACUCUUCACUAGACUAUUGCAUGUAUGUUUGAUUGUGUGAGAAUGGUUUCAUUGAUGUAACUUUCAACAUUGUUCCUUAAGUCUUAGAGUUCGUUAUGUUGUUGACUAACAAUGAGGAAUGAGUAUGUUGUACAGUAGUAAUUCAUUUUUUUAUUUUCCGGGAUUGGGAAAAUACUGGAAUUCAUUGCUGGGACCUGAGAUGAAAUCUAGCCAAUAUUAAUGAGUUACUAAUGACAUUCUUACUUCCUGACUUUAAGCAUCCACAUGAAAUAAGUUUUGGCCAUAUUAACAUAGUUUCUAAUGGGUGGAUAGUUCAAUUCUGACACUAAUGGGUGACCUCAAAUUGAAAGGUUGACAGAAUAAAAUCAACAAAAGCUGGUGAUUUUUAUGAGGAUAGAACUCAGCCACAUUACUAUUUGACAUGGGAUGAUGCUGACACUAGACAUUGGGUACCCAAAAUAACAGAAAAAAUUUCUCUCGUGAAUUUCAUUCACCUCCCUUUACACAAAAUUGUUUAUGUUUAUUUGAAAAAAUCUCACAAUUUUUCAUGAAUUGAACAAGAAGUCUGCACAUUAUGGUUGAACUGAUCCUGUAGUUGAAACAAGACAAUAUGGUACAGGUAAUAAUCAAGAAGUGUAAUGGGAAUGGUCCACUUGAAUGUAGUUUACAAAAUAAAAGUUAACAAAUCAAAAGACAAACUGCUUGAAGAACUAACCCUUCAAGCAGCAUCAUGAAAUAUGGACCAUCCCUUUCUCUCCACAGAUGCUGCUUGACCCGCUGACUUCUUCCACCAGUUUGUUUUUUUUCUCCAGAUUCUAGCAUCUGCAGUCUCUUGUGCCUCUGUCAAAGGUUAACGGAUAUUGUGCAGACUGAAGAUAAACAGGCUAUUAUUUACUGAGGCCUUUCUGACAGAUAAACUUGAAAUGAAGUACAACUGACUUAUUUCUGUAUAUUCUACAAAAUCUACUACUGCCUUUUUAAAAUAUUGUUUCAAGCUUGCAGGUGUUAUUAGAAAUGUAGUUACCAUGAUUACCGUUAAAUAAUUAAAACUCCUUGACUCCCUUGUCCCCUGCAACACCCGUUUGACCAGAAUAAUACUGCCUGUGAAAGCUUAGUGAGGUGGUGCCAUAUAGACCUAUUGAAAACAGCUAUUUGAUCAAUGUUGUAUUCCUUUGUAUAAACAUAAACAUUAAAAUUACCUUGUUACCUAAAUCUGAAAGUUAUGUAUGUGCACAAUAUAUUUUACCUCUCUUGUUGGAAUUUAGACUGUACAGUAGACCAGCUAUUUUGUGUUUGUCUGUGAAAUAUGUAAAUUAAUGUGUGUGUUUGAAAGGAAAAUAAACUUGCGGAGACGAUAUCAGUCGUAUUGAUA